UUGCAGUCCGGGUGCCUCUAGAGCUGCCUCAGGAAGCCCUCACUCAGAGUCAGGGACAUGGCCAGGGUUUAGGAAGGGCUGCCUGGUGCUGAGGGCGGCAGAAGCAAGGCAGAGCCUCCAGGUGGAAGCAGCCCAGGAGAGCCCCUCCCGCCCGCCUUCUUUCCUCCUCCUCCUCCCCCGAGGCCCAGCCGUGUGUCUUGGGGGGGGGGGGGCUGGUGUUAUGGCUCUGCUUCCGCAGCCGGAGAGAGGGAUCAGAGGCCCAGUCCUGGGCCGGCCCCUUCCCCCGCCUCCCGGCUCCCAGGGGAAAGGGAGAGGAGGAGGAGGAGGAGGAGAGCCCUCGUCCUUCCUGCCGCCGCUCAGAGGAGCAGCCAGCUGCCGGGGCUGAAACGAGCGGAGCAUGGCCUCUCCUGGGCGGCAAGGAAGGGACUGUGGAUUGUCAGAACAAUUCCCUUUCAUGUCAGUAAAGCAUGCUCUACAUGUCUGAGAUGCCUUAGGUAAUGCACAGCAAAGCUGAAAUGGCAAUUGGGGCUUUUUCUAGUUCCCUCCUUGUGACUUGCUGCCUGAUGGUUACAAUCUGUAGUUCUACUGCACUUUUGCAAAAACUGCCCAAGACUCAAGACAAACAGGAAAUGAAACCAAGCCAUGAAAAGAGGGAACACACCUCAGAUCGGGACAGCCAGAAUCAAACUGAACUAGGAAAGAUUAAUGAAAUGGGCAGGGAUGGAAGGGAGGAGGGCACAAAAGAUUGGAAGAUCAAGAGCAACAGAAAUUACUCUAAUAAAGAAACUUGGACUAAGCAAAAACAAAUUUUGAGUAGUCAAACAACAAGAAGUAAGUUUGGAAGCCUGUCAACUCAAGACCAAGUUGAUGGUGCACACCAGAAUCUUCUAGCUGCUGAAGAUUCUUCUCUCCUGGAUAUUAUUGAGAAUACUACUCCUGAACCUCCAGAGGAAUAUGCUUAUCCAGACUAUCGUGGAAAAGGCUGUGUAGAUGAGAGUGGUUUUGUUUAUGCAAUUGGAGAGAAGUUCACUCCAGGUCCCUCUGCGUGCCCUUGUCUUUGCACUGAAGAAGGCCCACUUUGCAUUCAACCAGAGUGUCCAAGACUUCAUCCCCGCUGUGUUCAAGUUGACACUAGUCAAUGUUGCCCACUGUGCAAAGAAAAGAAAAACUACUGUGAGUUUCGUGGGAAAAUGUACCAGACAUUGGAAGAAUUCAUGGUUUCACCGUGUGAGAAAUGCCGUUGUGAAGUCAAUGGAGAAGUAGUGUGCACAGUGUCUGCUUGUCCUCAAACUGAUUGUGUGGACCCUGUAUAUGAACCAGAUCAGUGUUGUCCCAUCUGUAAAAAUGAUGUAGAUGAGCCGGUUUGACUGAUCAAGGAUGGUGGGAACGCUGCCCUCUUUCUCCAUUUAGGCAUAACUCUUUUUAGAAGUCAGAAUUAUUUGUUAUUCUUUGUUGUCUUGUUGUCUAGAGUUAACUUUAUUUUAAUUGAGCUCUGCAUGUUAGCUUUUCAACUGUUAGAAAUAGUAGUUGAUUUAUUGCUCAAACAACACAAAAUUUAUAGUUCAAUGUGCUUUCUUUUUCUUCUGAUUUCUGUUUUUUCCACCAUGCUAAACACUAUCUUUUUUUCUUUCCUUAAUGAGCAAAGACUGUCCUUGCCAAAAUUAUUUUGUAAUCCAAAAAAUGUCAAGAUCUGUUGCUUCAUGAACCUCUUGGGGGGAGGGAGGAAAACUUAAAAAGCACUUACAGAUAUUUUUAAUCUGCCCAAUGUGGGUAUCUGUCUAGUGUGGCUAUGAUGGCUCUCUGACUUCUUUGAUCCUUCUUACUAAGGCAGCUACAAUUCUUUCUUUCUGCCAUCCAUAAAAUAUCCGAAUCUGAGUCUCCUUCGAGCCCCUCUGUACCCUCCUUACUGAGAGGGUCUCUAUUAUGGCUUUUGAUGUUCAGUAACCCCUGAAUUCACCACAACAGAAUGCCGCUUAGUCAUAGCCACGUGAAUGAAGCUGCUAGCAUGUCUCCAUCAUACCAGGAAGUCCUCUUUUUUUGCCUCUCUGGUAUUUUUCUGGGAAAAGAAGAAUGGCCUUUUGAGGCUGGUGACAAACUUUUGCAAUCUUAAUGUUAUUCAUACCACCAAUAAAUAUUUCAUCCCCCUCUUGAAGAACAUGCUGAGCUGAGUAACUCCACUGGUAAAGUGUUUACCAAAUCAGACUUAAGAGGACUUCUGGUGUAAUGGAGACACAGAAGACUGCUAUGGCAAGGAACUAUUUGCACCCACAGUAAUGGACUAAGGAAGGCAGCUAAAACAUUAUAUCGACCCUAACUACCCACCCCCCAAUAAGAAGGGGGAAAGGAGCUUGUUGCAGGUCUACAAUACUCUGAUACCCUAUAACAGUCAAGAGAGGGAGUUAAACUCCUGACUUGGGAUGAAAAGAGGGCAUCAGUACUGAAGAGCUACCCCUGCCCAUUACUGCAGCCACUGGUAUAGACGGCAAUAGUGACAACCACACCAUUUUAAAAUACUUUUUUAAAAACCUAUUUAACAAACUGCUAAAAGAUGGUUGUAAGAAACCUUACUUUUGUUUUUAUUCUCUAUACCCAA